CACGUCGCCGGCUAUUUUGUGCCAGCGCGAGUCGCCGCUUGUUACUUCUUAUGUGCACUGGGCCGCUAGCGGAGGCUGUUUCCCUUUCGGCGUGGCACGCAAAGUUGGCGAAAAGAAGGCAAAAUUCGAAAAGCUGACCAAUAUGCCUCGUGUCUAUAUAGGCAGACUGAGUUACCAUGUUCGCGAGAAGGACAUCCAGAGGUUUUUCAGCAGUUACGGAAAACUCCUGGAAAUCGAUUUGAAAAACGGGUAUGGCUUUGUGGAAUUCGACGACACCCGCGAUGCAGACGACGCGGUCUACGAGCUGAACGGGAAGGAGCUGUGCGGGGAGCGUGUCAUCGUGGAGCACGCCAGGGGCCCUCGGCGUGAUCGCGACGGAUAUGGUGGGGCUUCAUGGGGGCGUGGGCGCUAUAAAUGCGGUCAAGACACUGGUUACAGCAGGAGCCGCUCCGGAAGAGAUAAGUAUGGGCCACCGGUUCGCACUGAGUACCGACUGAUUGUGGAGAAUCUGUCCAGCCGCUGCAGUUGGCAGGACCUCAAGGACUUCAUGCGUCAAGCGGGCGAGGUAACGUACGCGGAUGCCCACAAGGAGCGCACUAAUGAGGGUGUGAUUGAGUUCCGCUCCUACUCCGACAUGAGGAGAGCCGUUGAUAAGCUGGAUGGGACUGACAUCAAUGGCAGGAAGAUUCGUCUUGUGGAAGACAAACCGCGUCGGCGCCGGUCCUAUUCUGGCAGCCGAUCAAGGUCCCGUAGCCACCGUCGAUCACGCAGCAGGAGCCGUCGGAGUAGUCGAAGCAAUUCCAGAUCACGUUCACGAUCUCGAUCCCAUGCCAGGAAGUCUCGCUCAAGAUCUCAUGACAGGAAGUCAAGGUCUCGUUCCCGUGGUGGGAAAUCUCGCUCUCGAUCCCGUGGUGAAAAAUCUCGCUCUAGGUCUCGUGGCGCAAGGUCUCGCUCUAGGUCCCGGGAUGGAAAGUCUCGGUCCCGUUCACGGGGACAGAAGUCUCGGUCCCGUUCACGGGGACAGAAGUCUCGGUCCCGUUCACGGGGACAGAAGUCUCGGUCCCGUUCACGGGGACAGAAGUCUCGCAGUCGCUCUGGUGGUCGCAAGUCUCGCAGUCGCUCUGGUGGUCGCAAGUCUCGCAGUCGCUCUGGUGGUCGCAAGUCUCGCUCAAAGAGUUGCUCCAAACCAAAAUCGGAGCGUGACUCGCGUAGUCACUCAAAAGAGAAAUCUAUUGAGAUGUCUCGCAGCCGCUCUCCUUCCCUGAUGGAGAAUGGGAAAGUGGAGUGUGCCAAAUCAACCUCUCGCUCUCCAUCCCCCCCUGCUGACGAAGGCCAAUCAAAGUCUCCAGCAAAGAGCUCAGCCUCCAGGUCCCCAUCUCGCUCAAAAUCUCAGUCCCGCUCACGUUCCCGUUCUAGGUCUGCUUCCCAAGACUGAUCGUGAUGACAAACCUAUCAAAGUUUCAGCCUUCAUACUAUGCUCUGAAGGUUCCCCCCUCCCCCAUUCAAUAGAGGAACUUCUGUUAGUUCACACACAUUACAUUGCCUCCUGUAAAUGUUAUGGUUUUAUCUUAAUUUGGUCUCUUCAAGCACUUGGGACAUGUGAUGUUGCCUGAGUAGAAUCUAACAAUUGGUUCUUGUUGGUAUUAAAAGGUGUGAUGUGUAAAUCAGUAUAAGUUGCUGGGAACUAUGGACCAGAGCAGGUGCUGUAUGGGCCCAGUUUGUAAUCUACUGAAAUUUACCUGGCCUGUUUCUUAUUGCGAGCUUAAUUCUGUUUUCUGCUGUUUUUUUAUUUUAUUUUUUUUUUUUAACUGCUUGGUCAGAAUCUGAAUGCUAGAGUUUGGGUUAGGCCUUAUGAUGUAGGAAGGCCACGUGUGUGAAUUUUUUUUUUAUAUAUAUUUUUUUUUUCACCCCCCCCCCCCCCCCCCCCAAACUAACUUGCCAUCAGGAGUUUUGUUUAUACGGGCAAGUUUAGGUAAAGCUAUUUUAUUUCGCACAUUUCUGCCCCCCAUGUGCAUAUAUUAGUGAAGCCUGAAGUUUUUACUGUACAUUAAAGCUUAAUAAAAACUUGGGUUUCAUUUUUG